GUGGGCAUACAAGGGCAAAACAGGAACUGAAAUCUGUUGCGGAUAAGAAAACCUCCCAUCUCCUCCUACUCAAAACUCAAACUGUGUCAAUUGAAAUCCCAAAAACAGAUAGUUAAAAAAAUAAGAGAUAAUGGCUGCCAUAAGCAUGGCUUGUGUUUCUUCACAAUGCUUAUCCCUUUCUUCCAAACUCCAUAAUCUCUCUCUUUCUUCAACCCAAUUGCCCAAUUCAUCCCUCAAAUCUCUCUCUUUCUCCGCUAAUUCGUCUCGCACCCUUUUUUCUCAGGGAUGCUCUUCUCUUGGCUCAUUCCAGAGACGUGGCUUCUCAGUAGUCUGUGAGGCUGCCACCGAAAAGAAGGCUGAUUCUGCAGCUAAAAGAACACGCCAAGCAGAGACUCGACGCCUCAGGAACAAAGCUCGCAAAUCUGAGGUUAAGACUCGGAUGCGGAAGGUUUUUGAAGCAUUAGAUGCACUGAGGAAGAAGACCGGUGCAGCACCUGAAGAUCUUGUACCAAUAGACAACCUGAUCGCUGAAGCUUAUUCUGCCAUUGACAAGGCAGUGGUAAAAGGUACCCUACAUCGGAACACUGCUGCACGCCGCAAAUCUCGGCUGGCUAGGAACAAGAAGGUUGUGGAGAUCCACCACGGAUGGUACACACCUGCCCCAGCACCAACUACUGUUUAGUCUUCCUUUCAAUUGUAAUUAGUACUCGAGUUAUAUGACCUCUCAGAAUCACUUAAUGUAAUGUUGUAGCUCAAUAUCAAUUUUUUGUUAUGUUACAAGUGUUACUUUGUAGCUAACGAACUAUUUAUGAUUGUGAUUUUCUCCCGACGCCUGAGUCCUAUGAAUUCUUCAUAUGAUUUUCAA